CAGCGCGCGGAACAGGAACAGUCCGGGAACGGUUCUGCUGGAGGAUCAAUUGAGGAGUUCAGCUGGUUAUAGGCGUGUGUAUUGCCGAGGUCGAGGAGUUGCAGAGGAAAGGAUAAUAUGGUCAGAACAGGAGACAAAAUGUUCGUCCUCAAGCGAGAUGGGCGACAGGAGCCAGUGCACUUUGACAAAAUCACUUCCCGCAUCCAAAAGUUGUGCUAUGGUCUCAACAUGGACUUCGUUGAUCCACCUGCCAUCACACUGAAGGUGAUCAAUGGUUUGUAUUCUGGAGUCAGUACGGUUGAGUUGGACAACCUGGCUGCUGAAACAGCUGCAACAAUGACAACGAAGCACCCUGAUUAUGCUAUCCUGGCUGCUCGCAUUGCUGUCUCAAACUUGCACAAGGAAACAAAAAAGAGCUUCAGUGAUGUGAUGAACGACCUGUAUAACAUGAUCAAUCCUCAUACGAAGAAACCUGCAUCCAUGAUCUCAGAUUUUCACCACAAGAUUAUCAUGAAUAAUUCAGAUCGUCUUAACUCAGCUAUCAUCUAUGAUCGAGACUACAGCUAUAAUUACUUUGGUUUCAAGACACUGGAGAGAUCAUACCUACUGAAGAUUGAUGGGAAAGUUGCAGAACGACCUCAGCACAUGCUGAUGAGGGUAGCAGUAGGAAUUCAUGGAGAAGAUGUUGAUUCUGCCAUUGAGACAUACAACCUCCUGUCUGAAAAAUGGUUUACUCAUGCUUCCCCCACACUCUUCAAUGCUGCCACCAAUCGACCUCAACUUUCAAGUUGCUUCCUGCUCACAAUGAAGGAUGACAGCAUUGAGGGCAUAUAUGACACAUUGAAACAGUGUGCUCUGGUCUCAAAGUCUGCUGGGGGCAUUGGAGUCAAUGUUCAUUGCAUAAGAGCAACUGGGAGUUACAUUGCUGGGACUAAUGGAGUUUCCAAUGGUCUGAUACCCAUGCUUCGUGUCUAUAACAACACUGCCCGAUAUGUUGAUCAAGGAGGAAACAAGAGGCCAGGGGCAUUUGCAAUCUACUUGGAACCAUGGCAUGCUGACAUCUUUGAGUUCCUGGAUUUGAAGAAGAACACAGGGAAAGAGGAGGCACGUGCCAGGGAUCUCUUCUAUGCCCUAUGGAUCCCAGAUCUGUUCAUGAGACGUGUGGAACAGAAUGAAGAUUGGUGCCUCAUGUGUCCUAAUGAUUGCCCAGGCCUUUUUGAUAGUUGGGGGGAGGACUUUGAGAAACUUUAUGAAAAGUAUGAAGCUGAGGGAAGGUAUCGUCGAAAAAUAAAGGCUCAGCAGCUAUGGUUUGCUGUCAUUGAGAGUCAGGUUGAAACUGGAACACCCUAUAUGCUGUAUAAGGAUGCCUGCAAUCGUAAGAGUAACCAGCAAAAUCUGGGAACAAUCAAGUGUUCCAAUCUCUGCACUGAAAUUGUGGAAUACUCUUCUCCUGAUGAAGUGGCUGUUUGCAACUUGGCUUCAAUUGCCCUGAACAUGUUCGUUCGUCCAGACCGGACAUAUGACUUCAAGAAGCUGAAGGAAGUCACGAUGGUUGCAACCCGAAAUCUGAACAAGAUAAUUGAUGUUAACUACUACCCUGUCCCAGAGGCAGAGCGAUCAAACAAGCGACACCGUCCUAUUGGCAUUGGCGUUCAGGGUCUGGCUGAUGCAUUCAUCCUAAUGCGAUUCCCUUUUGAGAGCCCAGAGGCUCGGGACCUCAACAAGAAAAUCUUUGAGACCCUAUACUAUGGAGCAUUGGAAGCUUCUUGUGAGCUGGCUGAGAAGUUAGGUCCUUAUGAAACCUAUGAGGGUUCACCAGUCAGCAAAGGGAUCCUUCAGUAUGACAUGUGGGAAGUGACUCCAUCCAAUCUGUGGGACUGGGCUUCCCUCAAGGAGAAGAUCAAGAAACAUGGAGUGCGGAACUCUCUCCUCCUGGCUCCCAUGCCCACUGCUUCCACUGCCCAGAUCCUUGGCAACAAUGAGUCCAUCGAAGCCUACACAUCAAACAUCUAUGCUAGACGAGUCCUCUCUGGAGAAUUCCAGAUUGUGAAUCAACACCUUCUGAAAGAUCUUACUGAUCUUGGAAUAUGGUCAGAAGACAUGAAAAACCAGCUUAUUGCAGCCAAUGGAUCCAUCCAAGACAUAGAGCAAAUUCCUGAAGACAUCAAGCAUUUGUACAAGACAGUAUGGGAGAUAUCACAGAAGGCAGUGCUGGAGAUGGCAGCUGAGCGGGGAGCAUUCAUCGAUCAGAGCCAGUCGCUCAACAUCCACAUCUCUGAUCCUAACUAUGGAAAACUCACAUCUAUGCACUUCUAUGCCUGGAAGCUUGGUUUAAAGACAGGCAUGUACUACCUACGAACAAAGCCAGCAGCAAAUGCCAUCCAAUUCACCGUGGACAAGACCAAGUUGCGCCAAGUCACCAGUUCCAGAGCUGGUCCUGGUCAGCAAUCGCUCACCUCGAAGUUCAGUAAUGGAGUCUCCUCUGAUGAUGAAAAAGCUCAACAAAUGGCAGCGAUGGUCUGCUCCUUGGAGAACAAAGAUGAAUGUCUCAUGUGUGGAUCUUAAUCAUGAAUUCCACAUGGUCCAUGAUCUCUCUGCAUGCCAACGCUUUGCAUUCCUUUAUGCUCAUUUUUCAUUCUUGCUUUACGACUGGUUCUCAGGGUCAUCAAAUCAUAAUUGUUUGGCAUGUCCAGUUUCAAGUGUCCCCAUCCAUG